CAGGGCGCGGGUGAGGCGGGGCCGGCGACGAGGGCGGGGGCUCAGAGGAAAUGUGUUGGUGACAUUGAAUGGGGAGACCGAGCGCGAGCGAGCGGGGCGCGCGCGCACACAUACGCGCACACACAGCCGGGCUCGCUCCGAGAUCCCCGGCCACGUAAGUAACUAUUAAUACCGCCUCGCCCGGGGAUGCGGGCGUGCUGAGCGCCGGGAUUGGCCUAGGGCGCCUGGCCAUCCCCUUUAAUUUUUAAAUACACGAUCCUCUCCUACUUCUGGGUGGCAAGAAAAAAAGUAAUAAAGGAAGAAAAGCCGUCGAUUUCAAUUUUUUCCUCCAGAACAAACCCCGCCGUGCAAUUUGGUCGCAAGGCAUCUGAAGGCAAGAGUGGUUUGCAAAUUUUUCCAAGGCUCAAGACCCGGUUGUGCAGCGGGAAAGGAACGCCGCUGGUUGGCAGGGUCCGGGGAGCAUCUGCUGCCAACUCCUGCAGGACCCCUGAAGCCCCUGCCAGGAACACAGAGACCGCUGGUCGCUGGUCUGCCCAGGUCACCGCCCGCACUUCUUGCUUCCUUCGGAGGAGGAUCCCGGACAAGAGCAAGCGGCGACAGCAGGAGCCAGUGCUGACCGCGCGCGGGCUCAGCCUUGGGCUUUCUCGCGGUACCUGUGCCUGCUCCACUCUUGCACUCCCUGCUCAGUUUUUGCAAUCUUUUGUUGGCACCGCUGACCGCUCCAAGUUAAAUGCUCCUUUGCUAUUUUGCUUUUUUUUCCUGUCUACUUUUUUUUUUUUUGAGAGCUCUGCGAUUUUUUUGAAAAGCCUCAGACGCCAUCUACAGUUAAGACUUAGGUAACUGCCCUCUCUAGCACCCCCUUCCACGCCCCCCACCCUUUUCACCAAAAAAAGGGGGGUGCAGCGCAUUUUCUGACUGCCGCGCGGCGUGAGCCGGUAGACUGGUGCUUAUUUCCUUUUUCUUUUUGUUUGGUUUCUAACGCGUGGAGGGCGAGCCGGCGCCGCGCGCUCCCUGAAGACUGCACAAACUCCACGCAGGGCUCCUCCGCCCGGUCUGCGGAUCCUCAGCUGGGGAUCGCUCGGGAUUCCGGCGCUGCAGCUCCGCAAGCCAGAGGCACACUCACUCGUUCAGAUCCACGCUGUGAACAGAGACCCACAUACUCCAGAGCGCGGUUCUGCACCGCGCUGGCUGCGUCGGGGUAACAAAAGGACCCGAGUUGUCUGCUGAGCGAGCACCCCCGGGAGCGGGGCUCGCAGCCGGGGACCUGCCCUGCGGCGCCCAUCCGGGGGCUAGCUCCUAACUCUCUUCCCCCACGGAGCCCUAGUCGCGUCCCCUCCCCUUUUGAUCCUUUUAAGUCGGUGGCACCGAGGCGCCUGCAGCCGCGGCUCAUCCAUCUCUCCAGCGGGUUUUUUUUUUUUUUUUUGGUUUGUUUGUUUGGUCGGUCGUGUGCGAUUCCCCACACUCAUGAACAUUCACAGGUCUACCCCUAUCACAAUAGCGAGAUAUGGGAGAUCGCGGAACAAAACCCAGGAUUUCGAAGAGCUGUCGUCUAUAAGGUCCGCUGAGCCCAGCCAGAGUUUCAGCCCGAACCUUGGCUCUCCGAGCCCGCCCGAGACUCCGAACUUGUCGCAUUGCGUUUCUUGCAUCGGGAAAUACUUACUGUUGGAGCCUCUGGAGGGAGACCACGUUUUCCGCGCUGUACAUCUGCACAGCGGAGAGGAGCUGGUGUGCAAGGUGUUUGAGAUCAGCUGCUACCAGGAGUCCCUGGCCCCCUGUUUCUGCCUGUCUGCCCACAGCAACAUCAACCAAAUCACAGAAAUCCUCCUGGGGGAGACCAAAGCCUAUGUGUUCUUUGAGCGGAGCUAUGGAGACAUGCAUUCCUUUGUCCGCACUUGCAAGAAGCUGAGGGAGGAGGAGGCAGCCCGACUGUUCUACCAGAUUGCCUCUGCCGUGGCCCACUGCCACGAUGGAGGGCUGGUGCUGCGUGACCUCAAGCUACGGAAAUUUAUCUUCAAGGAUGAAGAGAGGACUCGUGUCAAGCUGGAGAGUUUAGAAGAUGCUUACAUUCUCCGGGGCGAUGACGACUCCCUCUCUGACAAGCAUGGCUGCCCAGCAUAUGUCAGCCCAGAGAUCUUGAACACCACUGGCAGUUAUUCGGGCAAGGCCGCGGACGUGUGGAGCCUGGGGGUGAUGCUGUACACCAUGUUGGUGGGGCGUUAUCCCUUUCAUGACAUUGAGCCCAGUUCCCUCUUCAGUAAGAUCCGCAGGGGCCAGUUCAACAUUCCAGAAACUCUGUCGCCCAAGGCCAAGUGCCUCAUCCGAAGCAUCCUGCGACGGGAGCCCUCAGAGCGGCUGACCUCACAGGAGAUUCUGGACCAUCCUUGGUUUUCUACAGAUUUUAGCGUCUCGAAUUCGGGAUUUGGUGCUAAAGAGGCAUCUGACCAGCUGGUGCCAGAUGUCAACAUGGAGGAGAACUUGGACCCUUUCUUUAACUGAGCUUAAGGCCCACGGACACUUAGCAGGUACCAGGAGCAAGAGAGGGUCCCAGAAAGGAGCUCUGGGCCACAGGUGGCCUGGCUGGGAAGCAAGAUGGACACUCGCAUUUACACAUUUCUUGGUUCGGAGGAGGAAUACCUUCUAGGAGCUGACCGAACACUUAGCAUGGGAACAAGACCUGUGGGAUGGGGGUUGGGUUUAGAUGGUCAGGAGCCCCUCCCCUAAGCUUCUCUUCCCUGGGGUAGCCUGAGAGUCCCCUCUGCCAGUUGGGCUACUUCAUCUACCCCCUCUUUUCAUUUUAUUCAGAAAUAGUUGCAGGUCUCGAUAGAACUGAAACUCUCCUGCCUCCAACGCACACCUUGGCAUUGCACUGUUAGCAUUUAACUUCUUGUUAUGAUUCAGGGAAGGGGACAAUUGGUCGAAGACUUUUUUUUUUCUAAACAGGCCAACCACCUAUGUAAUAAUUGAUGGGAUUCACUUAAAAUAAUAAUAAUAACAAUUCGGUGCACACAGACUGACCUGAAACCUGGGUGCUAAACAAAAAGAAAACGAAAGUUCCAUUUGUCACCUCUCAUUCUCGCUUUUCAACUCAUUUCUUAAAAAUAAGUGAUUUCCUGUUCCGAUUAGGAAGUGACAUGUAAAGGCUUUGCUUCCUCAAGAGGGAGAGGGAGGGGCAGAUCUGUUCUGUGACGGACAGUUCUGCUUCUCAUCAGUUGGGUUUUUUUUUGUAGCAGGAAAUGAUUAGAAGUCAAACUUCCAGAUGUAGUAUCGCAGUCUGGGGGAAGAAGAAAGGAAAGGAGAAAAAAAUCCAAGUCCUUUCUGGGUUUUGUUCUUUUGAAGGAAGAGGGUUCCCACUGCAGACAUUGCUUUCUGCUCUGAAUACAGCGAAGGAUUCCAGAGGGGCGGGGGCGGGGGUGGCUCCUGGAGUCAGAUCUCAUUGAUGAUGCUGAUCUCAACGUCGUGUUUUUGCUUUAUGGGAAACUAGUAAAACGAGACAGGUUGUCCCAUGUGUAUAAAAUAUAGGGCAGCUAUUUCCUUUUCUUUGCUAAGAAUGGUCCUCUGGGCUUGGAAAAGCCCUCCGGUUUGAACAGAAGGGAUGCUAUAAAAACAAACAGCUCUCUGUCCCAAUACGCACCUUUGUAUUUUCAAGAACUCUUGUAUUUAUUAAGGAAAAUGUCACAUUGUGAUGUAUUAAGCCAGUACUUCAAUUACGGGUCGACGGGAUGACAUGUUACAUGCUGUAGUUAUCACUUAUAAUUUGUCCCCCUGUUUGAGUAUUUCUGUCCCUGGAAUAACCUCUCAUUUGGCUCUUUCUAGAUAGCCUUAUUUGAUUUCGAGUGGCAAAUGUUUUCCUUUUGUAUUCCGGCUUUUCUAUUGCUGUAUGAUACAGAACUCUUUUGGCAUAAAUAUUUGUGUUCCCAGUACCUCAGUCAUUUGGGUUUUACUGCCUGCAUAUGUUUUGUGAAAUGGUCCUGUUUUUGGGUAGGUAACACGUGGACUCUAGUGUGUAAAUGUUACUUGAAUCUGUGCUUCACUCUAGUAUGUGGCAUGUGUGUGCGGACUCUUGGAUGCUUCACGCCUACUCCACAGGAGCCCCUGUCCCCUGGAAGGUGGCUUCCCCAUUCAUAAUCAGGAGACAAAGCUACCAUGGAUAUACCCUUGGUUCUAUUUUGAUAACGGAAGAUACAGAGAGCGGGUUGUUACAGUCAGAAGAUGGUGCUGAAGCAAGAAGGACCUUCUGUCUUCUCUCUCCCCUGUCUUUCAAGUACUGGGUGGGAGGAAAGAUUGGUGACAUGCAUGGUGGGGACUAAUGGCCUCUGGUGCUUUGUCCUGUAUUUGGUUUAAUGUUUUUGUCCUAAUCUCUUCAAUCAAUAAAAUUGUGCGUAUUUAA